AUGUUUUUUUCUCUACAAAUAAUAUGGUACCCUAUCGAAGCCUUGACCAAUCUGCUAUUGAGAGUCUUCCGGUACCGCACCCGGGGUAGCCAUAAGGAUACGGAUCUUGAGAGCUCUACGGGAAUAGAUCUUGGGUCAACCGGGACUACUGCCAAACAAGAUGCAUUCCAUAUCGAUGUUAUCGAGGUGCGGGAAGAUUGUGAUUCGACCAGGACGGAGUUCCAUGAGGGAGGCAUGAAGCCCAAUGAAGCCCAAUAUGUACAGCAUUGA